AAGCUCAUUGGUUUACACUAGUUUGCACUAGUCUGAUGUAUUGAGUUGCUAAUAUUUUGAGUAAACCUGACAGAAAACAACAUUCAAUUCAUUUAAAAGUGCUUUGUCGUCUUUGUGUUUUUAUUGUUUGUUAGUCUCAUUUGUGGUGGUUGAUUUAUUGAUUCUGAUGGUUUUUCUGGUUCUUGUUAAAUCGCUUUAUUUUUCACAUUAGUUGAGUUGCUCUUAUUGCAACAUUUUGUGUUUCUCUCUCAUAUCAACUGUCGAUUGUUCACAAGGCCAGGCCUAUGGCUGAAACUGGUAGAAAAAAGCGUCUUCCAGAGCUGGGACGUUUAAAUGGACGAGGAUUCCUAUCAAAAUCUGAUUUCACCAAGGAAGGAUCUCCUAUUAAACCGUGUUCAGGAGGAUCUCCAAAAAGACCCCAGUCUCCUGCACCAAAUUGCUCAAUAUGUUUAGGAGGAAUAGAGGACCAAUCCUUUGCGAACAAAUGUUUCCAUAGUUUUUGUAAAACUUGCUUAUUUGAAUGGUCUAAGGUCAAACCUGAAUGUCCAGUAUGUAGGCAAGGUUUUGACUCAAUUAUCUUCAAUGUUAAAGCAAUGGAUGACUAUGAGGAGUACAAUAUACCUAGACCUCCUUCUCCAAGACGUCUAUGGUCUGUCGGAGCAUUUAUCUCCGAAUCUGGUCGAUGGGAAACUCGUGACUAUGGAAGUUUCAAUAUUCUUCGCCAUCGUGUUAUACAUCUACAAGACAUGUUUGAUCGAGGUCGGGCUAUAAGUAAUAGAGACACUACUACAAAUCAUUCACCAAGAAGAUUGUCUUUUUACUACGCAAUCAACCCUACUGCUCAAAGCAACUCAAACACAACCGAACGUACUCCUCCCCGAGCCCAUGAGUCAUCCUCAAGAACAUCCGGAUUUCACUUUGACUUAUCUGCAUACUUCAGAAGUUUGGACCAUAUCGAACAACGCACUCCUGCUAUUGGCACAUGUGCUCAUCGCCGCUACCUUUAUGAAAAUGAUCUUUGGGUUCAGCCUAUUUCUGGUCGAUUAGAAAGAGAAUGCUCAGCGUCAUUUUAUCGUAAUAAUCCAGCAGUUACUCAUCGAUUACUUCCAUUCCUUAAUCGUGAAUUAAUCGCCAUCAUGCGGACUGAUACAGAGUCCAGUCAAUCAACAGAAAAUCUUCUCGCCCGAAUAAAAGCUGCCAUUUUUGAAUAUGAUAUACCAAGUAUAAGAUUCCGUCAAGUUGUCGAACCUUUCAUGCACGAUAAGACUCAUCAUUUUCUCCAUGAAUUGUUCUAUUUUGCCAAAUCUCCCUAUACUAUUGAAGAUUAUAACAAUCAUGCAGUUUACUUGCCCAGAGCUCAAGUCAAGACGUUGAAACUCGAGUCUAUUAUUAAUCGUCCAUUCGCAGUUUUCACCAACCAGGAACAAGAAUCUGAUUCCUCUACAUCUGACUCUGUAAUUGAAGUUGUUGACUCUGAACAAGAACAGGGAUCAGCAAGAGACUCAAUUAGGAUGAAUGUAUUAUUUCCUUCAUCACCAGUAUCCACGAUUACUCCAACUACUGAGACGACCGCCACAACUACUAAAGCACCUGAAACAGAUGUUAAAUAUCAUGAAGUCAAGAAAAAUUUUAAAAAAUCUUCACAAGAACUGACUGACUCCGAGGAAAGUCUGGAAACCCCGUUAAAUUGUUUACCCUCUACAUUGCCUCAGAAUAUAAAUGUGAUUGAAGAUUUUGAUAAUCCCCGACCAGGUCCUAGUGGUUUGUGCAGAAAUAAUGAUUUUAACUCUUCUAAUCAAAAAUCAACUGCCGAUGGAGAUGGAUCGGAUACAGAGAUUGACGUAAAAACUAAUGAUAAACCUUCAUCCAAAAAACAAGAGUAUGAUAGCGACUCUGGAGACUCUGAUGAUUCUAUUAAGGUUGUUGGAUACAAGAAACCUAUUGGUGAUAGGACUCCUGAAGUCAUUAACAUAUCAAGCUGUUGUGAAUCGGAUAAUGAAAAAAAGAAAACUGAUAGUGAAGAUGAGGUUGCUGACGAGCAUGAACCGAAACGGAAAAAGCCCAAAGUCAACUUUUCUUCAUUGUUUCAUCCAUUUAAGUCAUUAAAAACUGAAAACGGAGAUGAAAAAAUCACAGAUAGCGAAGAUUCGGACAGUGAAGAAGAAAAACAUCCAAAGAGACAAAAGAAAAGACGUCGCACCAGAUCAAGUCAUUGCAAAAGACGUAGAGUUGGUACGAAUAGAAAGCUGAAUAUUGAUUAUGAAUCAACUGACACCUCUUCAAGUGAUUCCGACUUAGAGAUGGCUAUAAACCAGAUAUCCUGUCGACGCAUACCGAGUGUGAUAGUCAGGCCAAACAGAGUGAAUAAUAGCACUGAUACAUUCGCUUCAGCCAGUCAAGAACUAAAUAAUGGAGGAAGCGAUAAUAUAACUGAUAUCCAUGCUACACGCGCUUCCUUACUUUGUAGGUUGUUGCGGUAGAUCGACUUGUAUGAUACGUUACCACUUGAUUGACUAUUUUGUCAGAGACUUUUUUUGUGGAAAUCUUUUCUUUGCUGCUUUCCAUUUUAUUUGUCUUCACAUCUUUGAGACAAGAUAAACAAUAAAGACUGGAAUGUUUUCGAUCAUGUAUUUCAUAACAUAAAUGAUAAAUUAACGAAGACCUUUUUGAUUUAGAGCUUCGAGGCUCAAAGACUUAUAUUUUCGUCAUACCAAUUGUCAUAAUGAUGUGAGACAAUAAAAAAGAUCUAGACAAGCUUCAAGAGGAACCAUUUUGAUUACUAAUACAUCAAGGAGAGAUAACCAGUUAAUUUAAUUUAUAAAUUUCAACCAUUAUGCAUUAUUGCUUUUUUUAAUCCCAAUAUGAUCAAAACUAGACAACUUAUUCUUGA